AUGGAGAGCGAGAAGGUGCUGCAGCGGACGUCGUCCCUGCUGCAGAAUACAGCCCUCAGCGAUGUGACUUUUAUAGUGGGGCCCCCUUCGGCGUCUAAGAAGUAUGUAGGGCACAGGGUCCUGCUGGCCAUGACGUCACCUGUCUUCGAGGCCAUGUUCUAUGGAGACAUGGCGGACAAGUCGAAAGUCAUCAGGAUAACGGACCUGGCGCCAAUAGGAUUCGAAAAUUUACUCAGGUAUGCGUAUACAGAUACGCUUAACCUGUCGACAGUUGAAGAUGCCAUGCUCACAGCUUACGCCGCCAAAAAGUACCUCUUGCCUCAUCUACUAAGGGAAUGCUUUGUUUUCAUCGAAUCUCACGUGUCUCCCAAGAACGUCUGCCAGGUCUACGAAUUCGCCACCGUCCUCGAAGCACAUCACCUCAUCUACGAAUGCCUCAACAUCAUCGACAGACAGACUCACCACGUCCUCACGUGCAGCACAUUUCCAGCAGUGUCGGUGUCCACCUUGGAGACCAUCGUGGGCAGGCCGUACUUGAACAUCUACUCGGAGUUUUCUUUAUACUCCGCAGUUCAUCUGUGGGCAGAAGAAGAAUGCAAGAGACGAAACGUUGAAAUUGAGAUGGAAAAUCUUCGAAUAGUCUUGGACAGUGUGUUGCCACACGUUCGAUUUCUCGCUAUGACGGCGGAGGAAUUUUGCAAAGGUCCUGCCAAGAAUGGACUGUUAUCUAAAGAUGAGUGUUAUGCCAUUUUCAUGAAUCUUGCCAUUCCGGGAAUUGUUCCCAUGCCCAAAGGACUAUCCUCAGAUAUGACGAAACGGACUGUACCACCAGACUUUUUCGUUGCUUCUAGAUUCAAACCAACAGGAUUCCAUUCUCCUGUACGACCAAUCAGGGUUUGCGGUAUCCGCUUCACAGUCACCAAUCACGAUAUUUUCUUAGUUGGGGUCGGGUUUCCCGUGAGACUGGACACAAAUUACUUCUCAGUUCGGCAACCAAAGUUUGAAGGGAACCUCCGUUUCAUGUACAAGAUACAGGAAGACAAGAUCGAACGAGAAGAUAUGAACGUCAGCUUCAACCUCGCCAGAGACAAAGAUGUCAGGUUGCGGUUACGGAAAACAUAUUACGUCAGGAAGGGGAUCGAGUGCGAACUUGAACUACAUGUAAAUUCCAUGCUGGCCGAGGACGUGGUCAUUCCUAAUAUGCGAAACAGAAAAAAAGACGAUACAGUUGAUGGCAUUACUUUUCAUUUUCAUCAGUUUAAUCGAGGUCAAGCAAAUAAUGCUUCUGAAACAAUGGAAUUUUCCGAGAUCUAUUACUAUUUCUGAAGAUGGUGUUUGUAAAAGUUAAGUUUGCCAACUUUAAAAAAAUAUUUGUCAUUUGGAAAAUUUAGCCUUAAGUGAAUUUGGCUAGGGAAUUUUAUUUAAA